UGGUCGCUGACGGUAGUUGCUGACGGUGGUGGUCGCUGACGGUGGUCGCUGACGGUAGUCGCUGACGGUGGUGGUCGCUGACGGUGCUCGCCGAGAGGAGAUGAAGAAGUGGGUAAAGAAGAGGGGUGCUCAGAGAGAGGAGAUGAAGAAGUGGGUAAAGAAGAGGGGAAUGGGAAUGCAAAAGUCAGGGGGGGUAGGGAAUGAGAUUAGAGGGAUUUUAGGUAAAGUGAAAAAUAAAAAAGGGUAAAGGGAAUGAUUGAAAUGGAAAAACAAACGACAAGAAACGGAAUCAUUCCCAUUCCGUUUCCUGAAACCCCCAAACCAAACGCCCCCUAAUUAGUUUAAUUCUACUAUAAAACAAAAACCUAGCUAGUUCAUCUAUUGAAAAUUAAAGGCAACAAACACUACUAAACGAACGCAGCAAUAAUGUUUUCUUUUCACAACCCUCUUACUACCACCACCCCAUUCCCCACACACUUGCACAUUUCUCUCCGACCAUCACCUCCUAUGAAAGGAUCAUUCCACAAGCUUUUAUCCACCACCUCGGACGUGGGACGGCCACCCGCCUUGGCGAAUGAGGAGGUGGAGCUGCCACCAGGGCUACAACGAGAAGCAAUGCCACGACACGUGGCCGUGAUAAUGGAUGGGAAUGUAAGGUGGGCUAAGCAGAGGGGGUUGCAUGGAAGUGCAGGACAAAGGUCAUUAACACAAAUGGUGGCUUUAUGUAAAAAAUGGGGCAUCAAAGUUCUUACUAUCUUUGGCUUUUCCGUUGAUAAUUGGCGUCGCUCCAAAGUUGGUAACUUUUCCUUUCUCAUCAUUAUCUUAUCUGUUAUCAUAUCUUUAGCCUUGCACAUUUUGAUCCUAUAUUUAAGCCUAGCUCGCACCAAUUAGUACACUUCGGACACCAUUCAAAACCGUGUAACACCACUAAGGUCCUCUAAUAAAAAACGACUUGAAGAUCCCUUGAGACGAGAAGAUCUAGAUUUUUUUUUUUUUAAUUUUUUUUAUUUUAUUUUAUUAUUAUUAUUAUUAUAUGACAUUUUGGUAAAUAAAUCAAUAAUUUUAUACCGUCAUCAUCAUUAUGAGGCUCGCUUUUAAGAAAAAAUUAUUGGUUUAUUUACAAAAAAGUCAUAUUGUUUAUCACAGAGAUAAACUUAAAUUAUGAGUAAAUGACUAGUUUUUACUCUAACCAAACUCCAUAAUUAGAUAACCAAUCAGCCACAUGAUUAACUUCUCCAUAACAAUUUCCAAUGGUGACCAAAUGUACAAUGAGAGCUAAUUAUAUAAGCUAAUUAAGCUUUAAUUUGUACAUUAUCAGUGCCGCAUAUCCAGUUUAGGUACGACCAAACAAACACCAAUCACAAAUUUCAAAGAACGUGAUUAAUUUAAUUAUGGACCAUCAAAUUUUAAUACAAAUUAUUAACCCAUUGAAAUAUCUAAUCUAGUUUCGUUCCUACUAUUGAGGAAGGACUAAAUGACUAAUACAUCAAUUUCAUUCUUUAAUGUACUACGUGAUUAUAUAUAUACACACACACGGAGGCUAGGUGAUUAUAUUUUUUUGUCUGGUUUUGUUUUUGGCAUGAUGAUUAUAAUGAACAAUGUUUUAAUGACUGAAAUUCAACCAUAAGAUUUUUUUUUUUUAGGAAUUCAACUACUUUGUACUAUUCCAUAUUGUGUUUAUAAUGCUUCUUAUCAGUACUGUAAUGUUUAAUGGUUUAUAUUACCAUUUAUACUCCGUAUUAUUUGUAAUGAUUUGAAAUAAAAUAUGUAUAGAAAUUGUCUAAUUAAUGUAGGUAGUACAACACGUAAAAUACUGGACAUCAUAUGGCCCAACUAUCCUUAGCCCAAAAAUAACGGGAGUCAAAAAAUGCACCUCCCAAAAUUAAUGAGGGCUCGGCCCCACAACCUCACUUAUCAAAUAAAGAAAUUUUGCAACGUGAUAGUGUGAUACUUCGUAAUAUGCGAUCAAUUAAUCAAACACCUCAUCCAAAGUCUUUAUAUCUAAGAUUCUUUCAAAAAAAUAAGUAUUUAUAUCUAAGAUUAAUAAAGAACAUGUGUUUUAAUAUUCUUAAUUAAUAUUAGCAGUACAAAUGUACAAUUCAAUUCAAUUCUUAUAAUUCUUAUAUGUCUUCUUGUGAAUUCAAUUCAACAGGAGCAUACAAUUUUUCCUAUUCUUUGUCCUGUUUUCACAUCUUAAACUUCUAAAACUUCUACAUAUAUGAUAGUAAAAUAUAAUAGAAUGUAUCAUACUUGUAUAAAUUAUCAAUGUGUUCUAAUGACUUUGUCGUUGUUGUCACAAAGGAUGGCACUUCUUGUUGUCAUUGACCAAACCGUUAAAAUUGAGUUUAAAGAAGGCUGGAGGUGCAUUUCAUGCGACCAAGAUGAAAUUGGAUGUAGGAUGUGAGAAGUGGACAAGUGGUUGAAUCUCAUUAGCAAAACACACCAUGAAAAAAAAAAGAACCUACAUGAGUUAUGUAUUGCCACUAACAUAAUUUCAAAUCACACAACAUUUAUAAAUUUACUCUGUAUGGAGUAUGUAAUUUCGUAUAAGUAUAAAUUAGUAAAUAUAACAUGUAAUAAAAUUGAUGUGCACCACAUACUAGGAUAUUAUCACCUCUUUUAAACAUGUGGGCAUAAUUUUUGAAGUUACUAAAAAUUCAGAAAAUUAAUGCCUCAUCAAAUUUUUUAAAUUAAAGAAAAAAAUUGGCCACUUAAUUUAAGAAUUUGAACGAAUUACGCUACUUCAAAAACACCUUCCUUUGACAUUGACCUUAGUAAAUUGUUAGUUUAAAUGUGGCGGCAAAAUCAACUAAUUUUGCACAAUUGUUUCAACAAAUAAACCAACAGAAUCAGUCCUCAGUCUUCUGAAAAACAGAGCCAAAAAAAAUGUUAUCUCUCCAUCUUUCACCCACAACCACUUUCUCUCUCCUAAAAUCCAACCCUCAAAAACCCACAAAUCAAUUCUUCUUACAAUUUCACCCUUCAAGUUCUUCUUCUUCUUCAUUCUCCAAAUUAGAUAGGCUUCCUUUCGCCACCGUCUCGGCGGCUCCCACUAUGGGACCCGCCGUGGCGGUGGAAGAGGAGCUGCCACCGGGGCUGCGGCACGAAGCGAUGCCGCGGCACGUGGCGGUGAUAAUGGAUGGGAAUGUGAGGUGGGCUAGGCAAAGAGGGUUGCCUAGUGGUGCAGGGCAUGAAGCAGGGGUGAGGUCAUUGAGGCGGAUGGUGGAGUUGUGUGGGAAAUGGGGUGUCAAAGUUCUUACUGUCUUUGCUUUUUCCUAUGAUAAUUGGGUUCGCCCACAAGUGGAAGUUGAUUUUUUAAUGAGCUUGUUCGAGAGAGGAAUUAAAUCUGAAUUAGACAACUUUAUCAGGCAAGGUAUCAGGAUAUCAGUAAUUGGAGACACUUCCAAGCUGCCCAAAUCCUUACAAAAAUUGAUAGCUGAUGCAGAAGAGACCACAAAAGAUUAUACAAACUUCACUAAAGAUUAUACAAACUUCCAACUAAUUGUUGCAGUUAGCUAUAGUGGGAAAUACGACAUCAUACAAGCGUGUAAGAACAUCUCUCAGAAAGUGAAAGACGGUGCUGUGGAAGUGGAAGAGAUUGAUGAAGGGUUGAUUGAACAAGAACUCGAAACUAACUGUACUGAGUAUCCUUACCCUGACCUGCUCAUAAGAACUAGUGGUGAGCUGAGGGUCAGUAACUUCUUGCUUUGGCAACUGGCUUACACUGAGCUGUUUUUUGUGAGGGCUCUUUGGCCUGAUUUUGGAGAAGAGGAGUUUAUAGAGGCCUUGAUGUCGUACCAGCAAAGAAGUAGACGUUAUGGUGGGAGAGAUUUACAAGAAUCAAGUGCUAAUAGCCGAUGAUAAUGAUGAAAAACUUGCAGAUAAAAGAGGUUAUUCUAUAUAAUCGAGCUUAAUUGAGAGUUGAAGCAAUACCCACCCUGCAGAGAAGAUUGUUAAACAUGCAGAUAAUUGGGUGUAUACUGUAACUAUGGGAAAAAGAACAAAAAAAUUCCCCUAGACAAAUAUUUUGAGAUCAUAAAUACUCUUAAUGUAAACAUAGACGAGAAAUAACUGCAUCUUGUCCUAGAAUAAAAUUCUUAUGUAUAUAACUAUAUAAGUCAUAGUAAUAACAUGAAUUUGGUAUUAAGAGCCUGAGGCUCCUAC